UCUCUUUCCAUUUCCAUCCUUUCUUACCAAACAGAGCCUUAAAUCUAACUAAGACUCGGACACACUCUCUCUCUUCUCUUAUCACUCCCAAAUUGAAUCAAACCCAAUUUCUUCCUCUCACAGGGCUCUAAUGGCUUCACUUUCAACUCUUCAAUGGUUUCAGCCCUCGAUUUCUGGUUCAAACUUUUAUCUAGUGGUGUUCAGACCUGAAUUUAGGUCAAGUAAUGCUCGAAUCACCUGCAACUCAUCUCCAUCUUUCUCACCCAAGUUUGUAUUGAGAGCCAUUGAUGGCUCAGCAACCUCUGCCAGUGCUCCCCGAGAUGAGGUGGUGAAGAAGAACAAGAUUUUCACCAACACCAUUGCCAAAUUCCCAAUUUUGAUGAGACAACAACAACAAGUAGUGGGAGAAUCCAAUUUUGCUAUCAUUGGGUUUUGUGUUGCUACUACAUUUUUGGUUUUGGCUGUGAAAAUCUUUAUGGUUAUGAAGUCAAGAAGAGAAAAUCAUCAUCAUGCUGGCUCUGUAGCUGAUCUUGUCAGACGUGGUCAGCUGAGGUCUGAUAGAAGAGGCAUAACAAGGCCUCUCAAGUAUGAUGACCCUUUCAAUAAUCCAAUGGUUAAAGUUGGCAAGAGCAAUUCAACUGUAGAAAUGUGUGGAAAAGUGUACCGCUUAGCCCCAGUUACCCUUACAGAAGAGCAACAAUCGGUUCAUCAGAGGAGGAGAUCUCGAGCAUACCAGUGGAAGAGACCAACUAUAUUUCUCAAAGAAGGCGAUUCAAUACCUCCUGAUGUUGACCCUGAUACGGUUCGGUGGAUUCCCUCUAAUCAUCCUUUUGCAACCACUGCAAGCGACAUUGAUGAAGAUCGAGCACAAAACAAUGUGAGACAAAAGCGUGGUGUUCCAUUUCGUAUUCAAGCUGAGCACGAAGCGCUGCAGAGAAAGCUUGAAGCAUUGCAGGGUGAACAAAAACUGAACAAAUUAACAAUCGAUCCAAGCAACGCUAAAGAUUUCGAGAGAGCAUUCAAGUCACAUCCGAAGUCAUCGGAAGGUGGAGAGGAAAGCUCGUUGAAUGAACAUACAGGAAACUCACAAGAACGGUCCUCAAAUUCAUCGCCAUCUUCAGAAGAAAUGCAAAAACCAUGAGUUGUCAUAUCUUUUUUCUGGCGAAACUUUUAAUCUUUAUCGCUAUCUGUCAAUUUUGAUCUUUAUAAGGCGGGUGGUUCGAAUAUGUCAAGGGUAGAUUUGUAAAUAGGGUGUCGUCGUAGUUCAUAUUUGAGACGUUGUCAUGUACAUUUCCUUGUGUUUCUUAUUUCCUUUUCCCAAAGACAACUUGUAAUAAUAGUCUUUUUCCAUCUGUUUGAAUCUCCAAA